GGCAGCAGGCAGGCGAGGCUCAUCUUCUCGCAGGUCUGGUUUGAGUUUGAAGGACUCAUUUCCGCCUGUGGGGUGAGUUAUCUUCUUGUGAAAUCAAGUCUUAAGAACAAAAAGGUUUUACUAGUGCAACACGUGUGUUCUCUCUCAUACAUACUUAGGAGACCAUGUGGAUAGGUUCCCUCCCUGCCUCUGUGGCCAGCCCCAGGAGGGUGUUUCCCGAAAUGCCACGAUGCUGGCUUCUGCAGAGGGGCUUUGCCUACGCAGGAGAGCUUGGGGCAGGUGCUAGAGGUAGACAUGGUUAGCAGCCUUCCAUCUGUGGGGUCUCAUCAAGAAUUAUGGUGUGUUCCCAGCACUGAGGCUGAAAAGGAAGAAGAGCUGGAGCAUGGCGUCCCAGGCAGCCGAGAAUGGAAGCCAGACCUCCUCUGGGGUGACAGAUUAUGACAGCAACUGGUACAUAGAGGAGCCUGAGGAGGUGCAGCCAGAAGGGGUGGAUCCCCCUUGCCGGCCUAGUGUACCGCCUGUCCUGUACCAUGCCUGCCUGGCCUCACUGUCGCUCCUGGCUCUGCUGCUGUUGGCCUUACUGGUGAGGCGCCGCAGGCUUUGGUCACACUGUGCUCACCGCAGGCCUGGACUGCCCAGCCCCGUGGAUUUCUUAGCUAGGGACCGAUCCUGGACAGUGUCCACUGCUGUCUUUGUGGUCCUCUUCAGCAAUCUGUGCCUGUUGCUCCCUGAUGAGGACCCUCUGCCUUUCCUGAGCCUCAGCGAAGCAUCCAUUCCAGAUGGAGAGAUGGAGAGGUCAAAAGGGCCCUGGAAGCUCCUGGCCCUGCUCUACUAUCCAGCCCUCUACUACCCUCUGGCUGCUUGUGCCACGGCAGGGCACCAGGCUGCAUACUUAUUGGGUACCGUGCUGUCUUGGGCCCACUUCGGUGCUCAGGUCUGGCAGAGAGUAGAGUGUCCUCAGGACCUCAAGAUCUACAAGUACUACUCCUUGCUGGCCUCCCUGCCUCUGCUUCUGGGGCUUGGAUUCCUGAGCAUUUGGUACCCAGUGCAGCUGGUACAGACUAUCCAUCAUCAGACAGGAGUAGGCUCCCAGGGGCUGCAGACCAGCUACUCCGAGAAGUAUCUAAGGACCCUCCUUUGCCCAAAGAAGCUGGAGAGAUGCUCCCGCCCUGCCUCCAAGCAUAGCCUCCUGUCUCGGGCCUGGGCCUGCUCCCAACACUCCCUCUACACUCCACAGCCAGGAGUCCGCCUGCCCUUGAAGCUGGUGAUCUCGGCCACUCUGACAGGAACAGCCACUUACCAGGUGGCCCUGCUGCUGCUGGUGAGCGUGGUGCCUACCGUGCAGAAGGUGAGGGCGGGGAUCACCACGGAUGUCUCCUACCUGCUGGCUGGCUUUGGGAUCGUGCUCUCUGAAGACAGGCAGGAGGUGGUAGAGCUGGUGAAGCAUCACUUAUGGGCUGUGGAAGCAUGUUACAUCUCAGCUCUGGUCUUGUCCUGCUCAUUAACCUUCCUGCUCCUGCUCCGCUCUCUGGGGACACACAGGGCCAAUCUUCAAGCACUGCACCGAGGGGCUACCCUGGACCUGGGUCCUCCUCUCCAGAGUACUCACCCCUCUCGCCAAGCCAUAGUCUGCUGGAUGAGCUUCAGUGCCUAUCAGACGGCCUUCACCUGCCUUGGGCUCCUGGUGCAGCAGGUCAUCUUCUUCUUGGGGACGACAGCCCUGGCCUUCCUGGUGUUUGUGCCUCUGAUCCAUGGCAGGAACCUCCUGCUCCUCCGAUCCCUGGAAUCCACAUGGCCCUUCUGGCUGACUCUGGCCUUGGCUGUACUCACACAGAACACAGCAGCCAACUGGGUCUUCUUAGACACUCACCAUGGAUAUCCAGAGCUGACCAACCGGCGCAUGCUCUGCGUGGCCACCUUUCUUCUCUUCCCCAUCAACAUGUUGGUGGGAGCUGUAGCGGCUCUCUGGCGGGUGCUUCUGUCUUCCCUCUACAACGCUGUUCACCUUGGCCAGAUGGACCUCAGCCUGCUGCCACAGAGAGCUGCCUCCCUGGAUCCAGGCUAUCACACAUACCGGAACUUCCUGAGGAUCGAGGCUAGCCAGUCGCAUCCAGGAGUCCUGGCCUUCUGCACCCUGCUUCUUCACGCGCCGAGUCCACAGCCCCAGCCCCCACUGGCCCCCCAGGACAGCCUCGGAGCAGCAGUAGAAGAAGGGAUGCAAUUGCUACAGACCAAGGACCUGAUGGCCAAAGGAGCAGGACCGAAAGGCAGCCAGAGCAGGGCCCGCUGGGGUCUGGCCUACACGCUGCUACACAACCCUAGCCUGCAGGCCUUCCGGAAGGCAGCCCUGACUAGUGCCAAAGCCAAUGGCACCCAGCCCUGAGGGUGAGGAAAACCACACCACCCUGCUCUUAUGUGCUAAUGCGCAUUCCUGUCUACCAUCCUCCCUCCAUCCAUGUCAGCAACCCCCUCCCCCAGCAGUAGCCCUGCCAGCCAGCAGAUCCCUGUGGGAUCAGGGGACUGGAGUCACUGUGUCUACACCACCAGCCUCAAGAGGAUUUUGGACUGUGCUCGUCCACCAGGCUAGGGCUCUAGAGAAAACAGCUGACGGGCUCUUUGUUUUGGAACUGGAAGAACAGGGGUGGCCACGUUUGGGCCUCUCCUCCCCAACCUGGCUCUGCCAUCAGCUUGCCAGCCUCACUGAGGCCCCUGUCACUCCCUGUUCCGUGAUGAAAGGCCUGAGUAUCUCCCAUCCCAGCUGGCCCCACCUCAGUCCCAGCCCUCCCACCACGAAGGUGGAGCCUGUGCGGCUUCCUCCCUGCCCCAGCUUUCUCUUUCCUCUUUCUCUCUACCACUACCCGCCCCUUCUUGUGUAGCCAAGUCAGACUCUAAGAGGCCUCGCCGAGCUGUCCACUCCAAGAAGCAGAUAUUUUUGUAGUUUUAAUGCCGUUAGUUGUCAUGAAAGAAGUUAGUGUGCUCCCAGUAAUAAAUGUGCCCCUGAGGAACAUUCCUCCUUACUGGGGAAGGGCUCUCAGGGGAACCGCCUACACUGUCCGUAAAUCUAACCUGAGCUCCAUUUGGCAGAGUAGGGAGCACUGGAGGUAUUCUGACAAAGCGUUGGGCUGGACACUGGGUGAAGGCAGAGAGAGACCCUGGUUUGGGGUGGUCUGACUGGGGACCCGACAAUACCAUUCCUGGGCAGUGAGUAUAAAUGUUGGGCUUUAGGGUUUUAAAGAACGGGCAGGAUCUGGGGAGAAGAGGGUGCAAGAAUGGUAGAGGCUCUAGGGAAAGGAGUGGAGAGCAGCGAGACACGAAAGCUGAGGAGGCUAAUGUCGUGGACUAUGUGUGCAGGGGCCGGUGGAGAUGCAGACACGGUGGGGUCUGGGAGAAGAUGGCACGUGCAUGCCUCAGAGGGAUGCUUGAGAUAUGGGUCACAGUGCUUCCCCACCCCGUUUGGAGGAGGGAGCCUCAAAAUCAUGCAUCAAACACAUACACAGCUCACCAGAGGUGCCUCCUGCCCCUUUAAACACAUGAUCCGGCCUGCCCAGAGGCCAAAGAAAGCAUGUUCUAAGUCCCCUUUAGCCCACUGCAAAACGCCUUCUAUGUGGGGUAUCAGUAACCCAUGCAGUCACAGGAGAACCACUCCGAUUCUGCUCUGCCCUUACCAAGGAGACAGUCACAAGAGAAUAUAACCUGUCUAGGGUACUUAAGGCAGUGUGGGUCGAAGGAAGGGGCCUGAUUCACACUGAAGGUGAAAGAGGAUCCAAGAAAACUUCCUGGAGGAGGUGAUGUAGAAAACUGCAGCAGCCACAUGAAGACCAGGAAAAGGGUAUAUUGGGGGAAAGGUGGGCACAGGGGAUGUAAAGAUGAAGAUGACAUAGUCUCACAGGGGAAGGAAGAAGGUGCAGAUAGGGGUGGACCACACGGGGGAGUCAGUCAGAGGGUCCAUGGCUGACUGGGAAAUUCCCGUUAUAUCCUAAGGACAGUGGGAGCCCCAAAAGGCAAAAGCAAAGGAGCAGCUAGAUCACUCAGUACGGUAGCUACCGUCUGCUCGGCCUCGAGUGGGAGUGUCAGGUGCUAGAACCCAGGGCUAGAUGGAUCUUCAGUGGUGAGUGGAGCGGGGAUGCUGGGCUCCAAGUCAGAACUGUCAAGUCAACUGGACCUUUGAAAAUGUCCUUGUCUUUGUGCUUUGGAGAGGCAGGCUCUCACGCAGCCCAGGCUGACCUCAGAUUUGCUGUGUAGUACCUGCUCUUCCUGACUUUAUUUCCUGAGUGCCCACCUCCCGACCGUUGAGAUUACAGGCACCGCUGCUCCAGGCGCUCAUGCAUGCUACAUUCAUGUGAAAACUCAGCUACAUUCCCAGCCUUUUGUCAUUUGAUCUCUGACAUGCCUGAAGCCCAGAGAAGGGCAGUAACUUGCCCAAAGGAACACAGCAUACGGAAUCUGGCUCCAUCCUGGUGCUUUCUCUCGUAUGUUAGGACAUUCUUGACCCUGGCUGAUUGAUGCUGACAAGGACUCAACAUGAGCUGCAAGUUGGAUGAGGGAGAAAGGAGGCCCUACAUGUGGACCCCGGUAUGGGGGAGGGGCUGGCCAGCUGCCAAGCUCACAGCUGCUGUUCCAGACUCAACCUCCCAUUUUCAUUCUGCUGAGCUCAGCAGUCCCAGGGCUCAGGAAAGAGGUCCAGGCCUUCCCCCGAAGGUCACCAUCCCUGUGAGCACACAUCCAAUCUUUAGAGGUGGGGGCCAGGGUGACACCUCUGACCCAGCACGGGCUGGAGUUCUGCGGUACCUCCACUGGCAGAACCAUCUACAACCUCACCACUGUGGCUAGGCCCCAGCUCCCAGUCCUACCUUAGGCCAGAGCUUCUCCUCUGCUGGAGCAUCCCUUCUGAGCCCAUUUCCUUUUCUAGAGAGAAAGCCUGAGAGCAGUGUUUCUCCUUCUUCCAAGCUGUCUUCAGUUUCUUCCUUGUCCUCUGUCCCCUACUUCCCCAUCCUUCCUUCAGUCCCCUUCCCUCCUUUUCCCCCAUCUGUCUCCAACAAUAUUCUCCUCUAUCCGUAACUCUCUUCUUGGGGCUACAGCCCAGGCCUUCCCAUCACCUUACCCUUUUCAAAAAAUGUAAAACGCACUGCUCAGGUUCCCAUCUCACUGUUCCCAUGGGCUAGUGUGAAGACAGAAAAUGUGCAGCUUGGCUCAUGUUGGGGCUCAGUGGUGAGUCCUGGCUCCCCUCCCAUGCUACCUGAAACACCGUGCGCCUACGUCUCCUGUUGGCACGACUCUCACACGUGGCCAUCCCAUCCUCUGAUAAAGACUCUUUGAUCCCAACAGAAUUCCAAGCAGACAAAAGGGAGCAUCAGA